AUGGCAAAACAGAUGAAACACUUGAAGACAUCACUCGAGACCACAGAUGACGGCAAUGAAGACAUCAAACAACAGCCGCAAAUCUACGCCAAAGACUCUUUCGAUGGUUUCGGUGAUGACUUGUGUGGACUCAUAGUAUCGUAUCUGUCAUUCGAAGACCGCUUUCGAUUGGAAUGUGUGUCCAAACAGUUCCAGAGGACAGUCUUCGGGAGUGUUGUGAACCUCACUAUUGAUCACUUAUUUUUCAGUCAUUACAAAGCCGUCAAUUCGGCGAAGAGUCAAAUGUUGGCCACAAUUGCCAUCAAAUGUUCAAACAUUGAAUCUAUUGAUUGUUACGCAAUGCAAGACAAACACAUUCCCGAAGUGUUGGCCGUAUUUCGAGACAAAUGUCUGCAAAUUUGCGGCACUUUGUGGAGAGAGUUUGGUCUAGAAUUUGUCCAACAAUUCGCACCACUGAUGACACGAAUCAAUUCUAUGGACAAACAACAGAUUCCAUCACUCAUUCAUUGCCACCGAUUGUCUGAAUUGAGUGUCGACUCGUUGUCCGAUAUCUUCGACACCACUUCCGGACAACUAUUGGCGAAGAAUUUGAAGACAUUCUCAUUUCAUUGUUAUAAGACAAGCGAUGAGGGAUUGAUGUCUGCAUUCGUGGACCAAAAUCAGUCACUCGAAUGUCUUCACGUAUAUAUGUAUAGCGGUUCUCAUGAGACUCGACAACAACUGUGCCAACAAUUGUCACAAUUACCACAUUUACGGGAUUUGUUACUCUAUUUACGCGUAGGCAAUGGCGACAACUCAUUGGCUGAAUCUUUGCGUACAAUUGGCGAGAAUUGCAAACAAUUGAAACAAUUGUCACUAAUGUUGAGUUCAGUUAACAAGAAACUCGACAGCAAGACAUUGGAUGCGUUGCCAUCGUAUCCACGAUUAAGACGUUUAACACUCAGUCAUCAUUUCGGUCACAAAUUCAUGAAACCGUUGAAACGCUGCAAAGGAUUAACACAUUUAACGCUAUAUUCGAUGAAAUUGAGUGACACAUUGCUGGCUAAUUGUGACAAACAGUGGCCACGACUUCAAUACCUGCGAAUCAAUUGCAUGGCCGGCAAUGGGUUCACGUUUAGCAGCAAGAGUUUGGGUCACAUCUCAAGACUAUCAGCGCUGCAAACGCUUCUCUUGGGUUACGGAGUAGGCAUUGAUCUCAACGAUAAUGCUUUGAAGGAUCUGUUGACCGGAAUGUCUAAACUAAAGCGCAUUGAAGUCAAUGGCGUGAAGGUCUCAAUUGGAUUGCCGUCAAAAUGA